AUGACCCCUGUUAUAACCCCAGAAGGGAAGUGCAUAAUCAAAACACAAGCGGGGAAAUGGCAGAAGAGUGGCCUAGUCUCUAAUAGGACUCUAGUUAGACCAAGAAAUGAAAGGAAGAGUACCAAAAACCAAUACCAAAUAACAAGAGGAAUCUCACCUCUAGUCAAUCCUACCAAUGGGAAUAAUACGCUAAUCAAAUCAAGAGGAGGGAAAUGGAGUACUAUAAGUUCUAGGAAACGGGAGCAAGGAACACAAAUAAUAACUCCACAGCAAACAAAAGUCUUGAUAACCCCUCAAUCCCAGUAG